UCAGCUAUCAGUUUCCUCGAGUAUUUACCGCAGAGAGCUGUUGCGUGUACCACUAAAAUUUUCUGUUAUUAUAAAGUAAAGUAGUAAUAAAGUCGCCUAUAUUGUCCUACAAGUGGCGUGGUUGCCUGGUGUUAUCUGAUUAGAUAGUUGUUGAAAGCAUACAACGAAAUGUUAGUCAUAAACAGAAUUAGAAAUGCAGCGAUAUUAUCGCUGCGUAACGCUUACAUCCGAAAUUGCUUGAGCAACGAAAUUCGAGCAGCAACAAAUUCCACGCGCACUUUCUCGCUGGGUCUGGCGCUGCGGCAACAAGAUGUUGUGAAUGUGACCUUCGUCAGAGCUAACGGCGAGAAAAUAAAGAGUUCCGGGAAGGUGGGAGACUCGCUACUGGAUGUCGUCGUUAACAACAAUGUGGAUCUGGACGGCUUUGGUGCCUGCGAAGGCACACUGACCUGUUCCACUUGCCAUCUAAUAUUCAAAGAGGCAGACUAUGAAAAGCUGCCGGAAAAGCCAGGAGAUGAGGAAUUGGACAUGCUGGAUUUGGCAUACGAGCUAACGGACACCUCCCGAUUGGGUUGCCAAAUUACACUGACCAAGGACAUGGACGGACUGGAGGUUCAGGUUCCUGCCACAAUAAACGAUGCACGCGCAGCGUAAAUGUGUUCCACUGUUCAAAUUUGUUAAAUUUUUGAGUGCUAUUCGCUAUAGUUAACAUAUUUCAUAGUCCAUUAUUCAACCCAAAUUGUUGUACAAAACAAAGGCUCAGGCGGUUUUUAUUAAGAGUGACUUUUUGCAUAAAUGAAUUUUAAUUGGCAAUUUGUAAAACGAGAGAAUUGUAAAUAUUUAUGUGUUUGUAAAUAAAUAAGUAGAGUAGUUUUGAAAUUUUCAUAAAAUAUGCACAACGUUCUCUAUGUGCGUAUAUAAA